CACAGGCUAUCUAAUUACUGAAGAAAAGUCCAUAAUCUCCGACUCCCUCGCGGCCUGGGUCGAAUCGAUCGAUCAUUAUAUAUAUAUAUACUUGGUAUUUGCUUAGAUAUAGAUCGAGAUUGAUAGAUAGGAAUGAUGGUGAAGAAAAGCGAUAAUAAUAUCAUUAAUAUCAAUAAUGAGAGAAGCGGGGUUAGGCAAUACAAGAAAUCUGCUGUGCCGCGUUUGCAGUGGACGCCGGAGCUCCAUGACCACUUCGUCGACGCCGUCGAACAUCUCGGCGGCCGCUACAAAGCAACUCCAAAGAGAAUUGUGCAGUUGAUGGGUGUAAAAGGAUUAAAGAUUUCUCACGUCAAAAGCCAUCUUCAGAUGUAUAGAAACAUGAGGGAGCGAACCACCUUCGAUGUUUUCAUUCCUACGCAAAGCACCUGCAACUUCCGUGAAGAGAGACCACAUUCCACAACUUGGAAUCCACAAGGGCAGACAACGUUUGAAAGAUUAUUAAGGCAAGGUUGUUUGGGUGAGACUAAUGAGGCCAAACAAAUGGGAAGCAGCUACUUUUCUGCUAAUCGUAGUAAUAAUAAUCAAUUUAAUGCAAGUGGGCAUCAUCAACAUCAGGUAUACGUGCAGGAAUCACAGGGAAGUGAGAAGAGUGAAAUGACGAAGGUGGAAGAAAGUGGCGGCGGCGAUCCCUCGAGUGAAAGUUGCAACGCAUAUUUUGACGACAGAAAUAUUGUUUUUGUGGCUUUGAAAGCCGGCGAGACGACGAACCCUCCUCCUCCUCUUCCUCAAGUACAACGUUUGCGGUCAAGUAGAGAUGCCGAAAUCAACCUCGAUUUGUCCAUAGCAUGUCUUUGACGUACCAUUAUUUUCCAUUCGUCGGGCCGGGCCUGGCCGGGCCGGGGUUUCUAUUUUGAUCUAUCGCAUGCAGUAUUAAAUUAGCUAGGUCGGUCUUUGUCCAUACACCAUACCAUUCCCAUAUUUCAUUUGUACCCACCCGGCCCGUCUGAAUUAGAAGAAUUAUACGUGGUAUUUAUCUACAUGAUUCCUUACUACUUCACUUUAAACUAGCUACAUUUAAUGGUUUAAAUAUGAUUUUAAUCCCUUUAAAUAUGACACACUUUGUUUUAGGUCAUUGCGAUUCUGCGAAAUAUUUGUUUGUUUUUCUUU